AUGGAAAACCUACUAAAAUCUGAACUAAAAACCACCGUUUUGAAGCUCUUGGGUGGCUCAAGAGGAGGUUACAUAUGCCAAGGACAAGGCUACGAGACCGACGGAGGACGAGUGUUUGUUAAAAGCCACAACAAGCCCCAGGCUAGGAUUAUGUUUGAAGGUGAAAUGGCAAGUUUAAGAGAAAUUCAGAAAACUAACACCGUACGGGUUCCUCAGCCAAUUAAAGUGAUGGAUUUUCCUGGAGGUGGAGCCGCAUUUGCUAUGGAGUUCAUAAAAAUGAGAAGCCUCAACAAAUACUCAGCAAAACUUGGAGAACAAAUGGCAGAUCUUCACCUUUACAAUAAAGAAAAUGGAGAAAAGCUAAGGAAAAAAGAACAAACAAUUGGUCCUAUAGCACGUGUGCCUGUUCCUCUUCUGGGUUUCUGGCGCACAUGUAUGCACAACGAUAAGAUGGCAUUUGUGCAUGCAGCAGUGCCAGAAACUGGAAGAGCUAGUCUUCGGUUUCCUGGCUUGAGCAUUUUUAUUUUGCAGGUCAAUGAAUGGCAGAAUGACUGGCCUACUUUUUUUAUUCGACACCGCCUCCAAGCCCAAAUGGAUUUAAUAGAAAGAGAUUAUGGAGACAGAACAGCAAGAGAGUUGUGGGAACAGCUAAAGCCCAAGGUUCCAGAAAUGUUUCAUGAUUUGGAAAUAAUUCCUGCACUUGUUCAUGGUGACCUGUGGUCAGGAAAUGUAGCUGAAGAUGACUAUGGACCAAUUGUCUUUGAUCCAUCUUGUUUCUAUGGCCAUUCAGAAUUUGAACUUGCAAUUUCUAUGAUGUUUGGUGGAUUUAGUAGUUCUUUCUUCUCUGCAUAUCACAGCAAAAUCCCCAAGGCUCCAGGUUUUGAGAAACGUAAUACCCUUUAUAUGUUAUUUAAUUAUAUAAAUCACUGGAACCAUUUUGGUACAGAAUUUCGCAGACCUUCUCUUGCUGUAAUGCAAAGCCUUUUAAAAUAA